AACACAAUGGUAAAAGAAAAUCAUACUGUUCUGAGAGAAUUUUUCCUCUCAGGAUUAACAGAAAAUCCUGAAAUGACCACCCUUUGUUUUCUGUUCUUCCUAGCCAUGUAUCUCAUCACCUGUGUGGGGAAUCUUGGGAUGAUCGCCUUGGUUAGGGCUGAUGCUCAACUCCAUACUCCCAUGUACUAUUUCCUCAGCAAUUUAGCUUUUGUGGACUUCUGCUAUUCUUCCACCAUUACUCCUAAAACUCUGGUUGAUUUUUUGGUUGCCAGAAAAGCCAUUUCAUUUGGUGGCUGUGUUACACAAUUGUUCAGCUUUGUCCUUACUGCAAGUGUUGAGUGUCUUUUACUGGCUGUCAUGGCCUAUGACCGCUAUGUGGCAAUUUGUAAUCCACUGCUCUAUCCAGUUGUCAUGACAAAGCAAGUUUGUGUCCAGAUGGUGUGUAUUGCUUACUUUAUUGGAUUUGCUCAUGCACUUGCACAAACCAUUUCCACUUUUAGCCUCUCCUUCUGCAGCUCCAACAUCAUUAAUCACUAUUUCUGUGACAUUCCUCCACUAAUAAAGCUCUCCUGCAGUGACACUUAUAAUAAUGAAAUUGUGCUUUACACUUUCGGCACAUUUUAUGGCAUCUUCACCUCAGCAGAGAUCAUUAUCUCCUAUGUCUACAUCAUCUGCACCAUCCUCAAGAUCCAUUCUUCAGAAGGCAGACAGAAAGCCUUUUCUACAUGUGUCUCUCACCUGACAGUUGUCUUGAUCUUCUAUGGGACCACAGUGUUCAUGUAUGUCCGACCCAUUUCAUGCUAUUCAUUGAGCCGAGACAAAGUGAUCUCUGUGUUCUACACUGUGGUGAUCCCCAUGUUGAAUCCUCUCAUCUACAGUCUGAGGAACAAGGAAGUGAAAGAUGCUCUGAGGAGAGUCUUAGAAAGAAACCGCUCUUUCAUGUAA